AUGGCGCCCAAGUCUCUCCUCGCCGUCAACGCCGGAUCUUCCUCGGUGAAGAUCACCUUCUUUACGCUUGAGAAGCCUCCCCGGACGAUAGCAGACGCGCAGAUUUCAGGGAUCACGGCGCCUCCCGCCCAGCUCAAGUAUACACGCGGACCGGGAUCGUCGACGCAUAAGGAAGAGCUGGAGGAACGGCUGGAGACGCCGCAGGAUGCGUUCAAGGCGCUGCUGAAGCGCUGCUUCACAGACCGCGAGCUCUCCGAGGUGGCCAGCGCAGAGGAUCUGGCGUAUAUCUGCCACCGCGUGGUUCACGGGGGGGAUUACCGGGAUGCCGUUGAGAUCACGGAUGAAACGUACCACUAUCUCGAGGAGGUGGAGGAUCUUGCACCUUUGCAUAAUUUCUCUGCACUGGAGAUUGUACGCAUGUGUCGCAAAGAACUCCCUCACGUCAAGAGCAUCACCUUCUUCGACUCGGCCUUCCACCAGACCCUACCGGAGCAUGUACGGACUUACCCGAUCGACCCCAAGGUCGCAAAAGCCAACAAGCUGCGCAAGUACGGCUUCCACGGGAUCAGCUACUCGUUCAUCCUGCGCUCUGUGGCGGCGUUUCUCGACAAACGCGUCGACCAGACAAAUCUUAUUGCGAUGCAUCUUGGGAGCGGAGCCUCUCUGUGUGCGAUCAGAGAAGGAAGAUCGAUUGAUACUUCGAUGGGACUUACACCUUUGGCUGGGUUACCUGGUGCGACUCGCAGUGGGGACAUUGAUCCUUGUCUUGUGUUCCACUAUACCAACGAAGCAGGCAAUCUCAGUCCCACGAGCACGAAAGCAAUGCACAUCAGCAUGGCGGAGGAGAUUCUGAAUAAAAAGUCCGGGUGGAGGGCACUCACGGGCACGACGGAUUUCUCGCAGAUAGCCGUGGCGGAGCCGCCGUCCGCGGCACACAAGCUGGCGCUGAAGAUCGUGGAGGACCGCCUCGUGGGGUUUAUCGGCAACUACUUUGUCAAGCUCGAGGGCCAGGUGGACGCCCUGGUGUUUGCGGGCGGGAUCGGCGAGAAGAGCGCCCUCUUGCGCCGGCGGGUGGUGGAGAGGGUGCGCUGUCUGGGCUUCACGGUUGAUAGGGAUGCCAAUGAGGCCGAGAUGUCUGGGGAUCGGGUCAUUGAUAUCUCUGGGGCUGACGUUGGGAGUCGGAGAGUCUUGGUUUGCCAGACCAAUGAGCAGUUUGAAAUGGCAUACCAGUGUCUGGAACAGAGACGAUAG